AAUAUCAAAGAAACGGGUGUAUAAGAAAAAAGAAAAAAGAAAAAAAAAAUUUCUAUCUGGGACGAAACAACUCCACCGGAUCAACCCCAACAUUUCCCGGCAGAAGUAAAGAAAUUUAUCGGAAGCAAGUAUAUCAAUCGUUUUCUCAAGAUUUCUCCAAUUGUGGGUCCAUUACAAACCUUUAAAUUGGAGGGUCUUUUAGUUUUGAUGAGAGCAGAAUCCGAUGAUGAAGAAGAGCUCGUCCAGAGGAGGCCGUAUAUUCUCGGAAGAGAUAAGCUCCCGCGGACAGAAAUUCAAUAGGCUAAAGAACUCCGAAGACAACGAUGCCGAAGAUCACUACAACGUAACCAAUCAUCGUUACAGCGACGCCUCUAGUCCUCUCGAUGGCGGAGAUUUACCAAUGAAUUCCGACGAAGCAUCCCUUUCUCCUUUCUCCAAAUCUCCAUGGUCCACACACACCCAUCAUGAUCAUAUGAAUCCACCAGAUGGCAACAAUUCCUCGUCUAAUGUUCUAUUGGGUUCGCUUGUCCGUGAAGAAGGCCAUAUAUACUCCUUAACUGCCUCGGGUGAUUUGUUGUAUACCGGGUCGGAUAGCAAGAACAUUCGGGUCUGGAAGAACCAGACGGAAUAUUCGGGUUUCAAAUCGAAUAGUGGUUUGGUUAAAGCCAUUGUCAUUUCGGAGGAAAAAAUAUUCACGGGUCAUCAAGAUGGAAGGAUCCGAGUUUGGAAGGUUUCGGGUAAGAACGAUACGAGUCAUAAGCGGGUGGCCACACUUCCGACUUUGAAGAAUUACAUCAAAUGCUCGAUGAAACCGAGCAACUACGUCGAAGUGAGAAGAAAUCGUAGCGUCUUGUGGAUCAAACACUUCGACGCCAUUUCCUGCCUCAGCCUGAGCGAAGACGGAACGUUGCUUUACUCAUCUUCCUGGGACAAAACCUUCAAAGUCUGGAAAAUCUCCAAUUUCAAGUGUUUAGAAUCCGUAACAGCUCACGACGACGCCGUUAACUCUCUCAUCACCGGUUUAAACGGUUUGGUUUUCACCGGUUCGGCCGAUGGAACAGUCAAAGUUUGGCGGAGAGAGUUACAAGGCAAAGUGACAAAGCAUUUCUUUUCCCAAACAUUGUUGAAGCAGCAAUGCGCCGUGACGGCACUGGCUUUGAAUCCCGAAGCCACUUUCGUUUACAGCGGCUCAUCGGACGGAAUGGUUAACUUUUGGGAGCGCGAGAGGUCGCUGUCACACGGCGGCGUUUUGAAAGGACAUACACUGGCGGUUCUUUGCUUGGCCACGGCGGGAAGUUUGGUGGUCAGCGGAUCGGCGGACAUGUCGAUAUGCGUGUGGAGGAGAACGGGAAGUGAUCACAUUUGCUUGUCGAUGUUGAUGAGCCAUACUGGGCCUGUUAAGUGCUUGGCCGUACAAAAAGAUCACGGAUCGCCACCGGAAGAUCAAAGGUGGAUCUUGUACAGUGGGAGUUUGGAUAAGUCCGUGAAGAUGUGGAGGGUGUCGGAGAAAGUGGCUUCCGUUGAACAACCGCCGCCAGCGAAACCGAUGAGUUCGACUUCCAGCUUUUCCGCCAUGGCAAGAAUCGGUUCGAGAAGACAUUGAUACAUAUAAUUGCAAAAUACGUGUGAAUAUUUGUUGAUUCUGAUUAGUGAUCGUGAAUGUCUAAUUUGAAGGUUGACUUGAAUCAAUCAAUUAUAUUUUGUCAGUUGGAUUUAAGGUGGAAAUUAGGCAUGUGUAUAAGAUUGGAUUGAAUUAAUUCGAAUCAAUUGGACAAACAUGGAGAUUUAUAUACAGUAAUUAUAAACUUAAAAAAUUCUGGAGGGACUCCAAUUCAAUUAUAUAUAUAUAUAUAUUUAUAUA